AGGCAUUUCGACUGGGACGUCCUCGAACUCCUUUCAGCUGUUUCUAUUCUUCGCUCCUUCAUCUCCCAUCCCAAACCCGCACACAAGGCCGUUGCAUCAACGCUUGCAGAUCUCCUUCUCUGAAUUUUCACCACGAUCCUCUUCGAUAAUCCCGCAAGCCUUUGAUCGUUUUCCCCUAUUUCUGGGAAAGCUUUCUGUAAUUGCUUCUUUAGGGUUUCUACGAACCUCUGUUCGUUUAUUUUAAAUCAGGCCAGGCCUUCCAAGUGGGUUGAAUGAUUGUGUGGCAGCAACUAGGCUAUGACUUCAAGUAUGUUGAGUGGGGAUCGAAGAUGGGCCUCUUCAAGUUCCAGGAGAGGUGGUAUGACUGUAUUAGGCAAAGUUGCAGUUCCAAAACCUAUUAAUUUGCCCAGUCAAAGGUUAGAAAAUCAUGGUCUGGACCCAAAUGUGGAGAUUGUUCCCAAGGGUACCCUCAGCUGGGGCAGUAAAUCAUCUUCUGCAUCAAAUGCUUGGGGGUCGUCUUCUCUCUCACCAAACACUGAUGGUGGUAGUAGCUCACCCAGUCAUCUCAGUGCUCGUCCAUCAUCAGGUGGAAGUGGCACGAGGCCUUCAACUGCUGGCAGUGAUAGGGCUCUUGAACCUAAUUCAAAUGCAUGGGGUUCAAAUUCUAGGCCAUCAUCAGCAUCUGGUUCACUAACAACAAAUCAGGCUUCACUGCCAUCACUGCGUCCUCGGAGUGCAGAAACAAGACCUGGUAGCUCACAGUUGUCUCGAUUUGCUGAAUCCUUGACUGAAAAUCCUGUGGCUUGGAGUAGUUCAAGGGCUGCGGACAAGCUGGGAGCCAAGAGUGAGUUUUCUCUUAGUUCUGGAGAUUUCCCAACUCUUGGUUCUGAAAAGGACAAGUCUCUAAAGAAUUCUGAGUUGCAAGACCACAGUUCUCAUGGUCGUCCUGGCUCAUCUUCUGGACAUGGGAAAGAAAAAGCUGAAACCGUUGAUGAUGUUUCAGUGGAUGCAAAUGUCAUGGGUGGAGCAGUAAAUUCUUGGGGAGGAGAUCAUCAGACGCACAGUGAUGAUGGAAUGAAGCCUAGCAUGGAGAAAUGGCAGGGGAAUCCCCACCCUUACCCUAGUGCUGGGAUUGGUCCUCAGCAUUAUGAUGCUUGGCAUGUUCCUCCAGUGAAUAACCCUCAAGGUGGUGUUUGGUUUAGAGGACCGCCUGGUGGGCCCCCAUUUGGAAGUCCUGUUACUCCUGGUGGAUUUCCAAUUGAACCAUUUUCUUAUUAUCGCCCUCAUAUUCCUCCUACUGGUCUUGUCAACCCACCAACGGUUCCUCCUCCUGGGGCUGGUCCUCGAGGGCCCCAUCCAAAAAAUGGGGAUGCGUACAGGCCUCAUAUGCCUGAUUCAUAUAUUCGUCCAGGUAUGCCUAUUAGGGCAGGCUUUUAUCCUGGUCCAAUGGCCUAUGAUGGGUAUUAUAGUGCUCCAAUGGGUUAUUGCAAUUCAAAUGAUCGGGAUGUUCCUUUCAUGGGAAUGUCAGCUGGACUUACUGUUUACAGCAGGUACUCAGUUCAAAAUCCUUCUGAGCCUGGCAACUUACAAGGUAGAUCUGGGGGAUGUGUUUCUUCUGGAAAGCAAUCCUCAAAGCAAGGGGAAUCCAGUCAUCCUCCUGAUACUGGUGGACCAUACAGAGUUCUUUUAAAGCAAAAUAAUGCAUGGGAUGGAAAAAAUGAACCAUCAAACUGGGAGGAAUCAGAGACAGUAAAUGCGUAUGUUGAGCGGAGGGAUAACAAAGGACUGCCUGUCUGGGACAAUGAGCAGAAAACAGAUUCCAGAGUAAAUGAGGAGAUGAAUUCAAGGGCAGGUGGUUGUGGGGAUGAAGUUUUGCAGACUUCAGAAAAUCGAGGAUCUAGUUUUUCUGUCAAAGCUGAUCAUUCUGAUAGUUCUGGGAAUAUCAAGACAUCAAAUGACACUUCAGCAAGGAAAUUGGAUCGUACUGCUUCUGGUGGGGAAGAAGUCCCUUCACGAUCAGUUGCCCCAAAAGAAUCCAGCCUAAUUCAGAAGAUAGAGGGUUUGAAUGCAAAAGCUAGGGAUAAUUCAUCUGCUAAGAGUAGGGAGGAGCAAAGGAAUAAAUUUUACGCUGCUAAUGCUCCUGUAAAUCAUGUGGAAAAUGGAGUUGUUGCUGGUGAUAUGCUUCUUCAGAGAAAAUGCACCCCUGAAGUCUUGAAUCCAACCCUUCGUGAAGUGAGUGCCUCUGGUGGAGAAAAGAAUCUUGAAUCCUUGUCUUUCAGGGGGACAGAAUCAUCCAGGCGAGCUGUUCAUGGCAUUCAAGGUAGAGCUGAUCAUCGUAGCAAGGGAAGAUUCAAUAAUCAAGAUGCUGAUGAGUGGCGACAGAAGUCUGUUGAUGCUGAUUCCACUCCAUCUAGUUCACAGUUGGAAGCAUCUGAUGUUCACAUUGGUGACCAUCGAAUAUCCAUUGAAACCUAUGACAGGUCUGGGUCCUAUCACCAAGCUAGGCAUGAUGGAGAAUCUGUGCAGUCCAUGUCUGAUCCAAUUGCCACUCAGGCACAGCGUGCUAAAAUUAAAGAAUUAGCUAAGCAGCGGACUAAGCAGCUGCAAGAGGAAGAGGAGGAGCGUAUAAGGAAGCAAAAGGCUAAAGCACUUGCGAAGCUAGAUGAGCUUAACAGGCGUGCACAAGAAGUGGAAGGAUCAAAUUAUAAAGAGAAUGCUACAAGUUCUGCCCUCAAGAAUAAGACACAGGAAUCACAAGCUUCUGAAUCAGCAAAUUUGGCUGGCAAAUCUGGGGCAUCCAUGAUGUGUAGCACCAAUAGUCAGAUAAGUGUGAAUGGCACUAACCAAGUAGGAACAUCAUUGAUCUUGUCUGUUGAACUGCCCUCUGAAAAACUAGACACUGGCAAAGAAUCUGUUCCUAAUCAAUCAGUGACCUUGCACCAGGAUGUUUAUAGUGCUGAAGCUACUGGGGAUAUGCAGGUUCUAAGUAAUAUUGCUGCAAAGCAGAGGCGAGUGGGCUAUAAACAAAAGCAGAAUCUUUCAUCCAAUGAGAAGCUUAUUUCUGCCACCCCAGCUGCCUCAAAAGUUGAGAAUGGCACAGUGAUUGAUGCUGGCUCUCCUGGGAUUGUAGCAAAUGAAGUCUAUUCUGCUGGUGGAUUGACUAUUGUGGCUGAGUCUUCUGUAAACCAGAAAAGGAAGAAUAAUAAUAAGAAUGGAAAGAACAAACACAAAGUUGAGGAGAGUCCGUCUUUUGCAGCAUCAUUACCUCUGGCAACUCCAAAGGAAGCCAAUUUUUCUAGAAGUUCUGUGGAAAGUGAUCACCCCAAGGCUUCUAACUUUGAGUUAAAUCAGGACUCAGUUCUGCCUGCUUCCUUGUCUAAAGAUCCAAAUCAGCAUCCAGAGCAGUCCAGAAAUUCAUCAAAUGAGGAAUCCCAUGGUAGGUUGAGCAGCCAAUGGAAAUCUCAGCAUUCUCGAAGGAUGCCAAGAAACAUGCAGGCUAAUAGACCAACAGAGAAGUCCCAUGGGAAUGAUACUGUGAUUUGGGCACCAGUUAAACAUCAAAAUAAAAUGGAGAUUGCAGAUGAAUCAGCUGAGAAAAGUAAAUUUGAGACAGUUAACUCUGUAAAGGUUGAUCAGCAAGUGCAUGGUAAUUUUAAAAAUAAGAGAGCUGAAAUGGAGAGAUAUAUUCCCAAACCUGCUGCAAAAGAAAUGGCUCAGCAAGGAAGCGUACAACAGGUGGCUUCAUCAAUCAAUGAGCGCCCUACAGAUGAGUUUGUUGGAAGAGUUGUUUCUGCUUCUCAAGGUGGCCAGAUUUCUCAACAUACCAGUUCACCUGUUGUAAAAGUUGCUAGUGGAAUGGAGUCCAAGAAUGGAGAUGUCAGGCAAACUAAGCAGGGAAAAACUCAUGGAUCAUGGCGGCAACGGGGUUCAACAGAAUCUACUAAUGUGCAUGAUGCGGAAGAGGGACUGCACUCUGAUCCAAACAAUGGUCAAAAUCUUCAAAGAUCAACUGAACGUCAACAGGCACAGAAGUCUGACAUGAGCUCAGUGAAAGGCCAAACCAAGCAUGUUAAUGACUCCAUUGAUCCUGAUGGGUCACACCACAUCGCCAAUCAGGAUCCAACUGCUCAGCCUUCUGCUCCUGCUGUUAAAGAUCAAGCAGUGACAGGCAGGGGGAGGCGGGGUCCUUCCAGAGGACACCGGGUCAUGGGGAUGAACCAUGACAUUGAUCACAAGAAACAUGAUCGGGAGGCUGAGAAAAUUGAAUUGCAAAUCUCAUCAUCUGAGCCUGGUCAACCAGAUGUUGGUGCUGCUUUGAAGGAAAAUCGAAGUGUUGGAGAACGUUUGACGGCUCACUGGCAACCUAAAUCCCAGGCAUCUAGUAGUCAGCAGGGUAGCAGACCCAAUUAUCGCAAUGUCUGUCCAGAGGCAAGUCAGGCUAUUCAAAAGGAUUCCACUCAUGGGAGUUUAUCUCAUCCAGGAGGCCCCUACAACGAGACUGACUCACAUACUCCCCGACCUCACAGUGAUCAAUCAGACUUAGAGAAAGGCAAGGCGGGGGGAGCUACAAAUAUAGGGAACCAAGAAGCCAAAAGAGAGAGUAGAAAUGCUCCACCAAAGGGUCGUUCCCAUUCCCCAAGUCAGGUAAUUGUGAGUUCAGUUGAGCCACCUCCAACAAGUGUGGAUUUCAGACCUGAGCAGCGCUUGUCUUCUGGAUUUCGCGGAAAUGGAAAUCAAAAUCGUUUUGGAAGGGGACAUGAAUCAAGAGGGGAUUGGAAAUCAUCUGGGCAAGACAACAGACAUUAUAAUCAGCUCCGGGAAAGGCAAGGGCAUAGCUUGCAAUAUGAGUACCACCCUGUAGGGCUGCAUGAUAAUAGCAAAUCAGAUAACCCGGAAAGACCUAAAGACAGCAAUUACAAUGGAGGAAGAUAUAGGGAGAGAAGUCAAACGCACUCUAGACGAGGUGGGGGGAAUUUUUAUGGACGUCAGGGUGGUUCUUUUGAUUAAAUGCUGUUAAUUAGUGGGGAGAGGCACUGUAAAAUGGUCUGGUUUCCAUCAGGAGCCUAACCUCCAUUAGCUGUGCUUGGAUGGUCGGCCAUUUUCAGGUAUAUGUAGCUUAGGUUUCAGAUGCGAUUGAAUUGUGAAUCAAGAUGAAUUAUCUUCUGACAGUCGGUGUAUGCAUUGAGCAGGGCUGACAACAAUGAAGAUGGUACCCACAAAUUUUGGGGUGCCAAGGGGGAGGGAAGGUUUGGCUGCUAGUGACCUGUGUAGUUGGAUGUUAUUUUCCGCUGUACCUGAUUGGAAAUAUUAAUUUCAUGGCAUUUUGUUUUUGUUUC